AUGGUCAGUAGGGCUGAUGUGGAGAGCGACAUUGAUGUCAAUGAGCUGCUUCGCCAGCUCAGUGAAGACAGCUCUGCGGUAAGAGCUGGCCAGCACGAGAGCCCAGAUCAAACCGCUGAUCAGGAAGCUGACCUCGGAGACGAGGAGGAGGAGGAGGAGGAGGAAGCGGAGCAGGAGGAAGAGGAGGAGGAGGAGGAGGAGGAGGAGGAGGAAGGAGAGGAGGAGGCAGAGUGCAGCAACCUGGAGGAUCUUGAAGAGGAAGAAGUCGCCGACGGCACAGAAAGCUGGCGCACAGGCCGGCGGAGCAGAGGCAGUGCCAAGGAGCUGCCUGCUUCAUUCGCAGGAACAUGGGCUGCCUCGUCAGAGAGGAGGCUUUCACGCGACAACGCUGAGACAGCCGCGGGUCUGGCAGGUCUGCACAGUCUCGAGGAGCUGGCCCAGUCCUCGAGCGGCAGCGACUCUGAAGAAAGCAAAUCCAGAUUGCUUCUUGUGGAUCCGCUGUCUACGAUGCCUUGGUCAGGCGGCCAAAGUUGCAUGCCUGGGCAGCAGGUAGUUCCGGGAGCAGCCGCAAAAAGCGUUGAAGCACCGGAAGAUCAAGGUCGCAGACGCUCAGAGUUGCCCUCCAUGGGCGUGCGCAGCGGGCCGAUGCAGCCACCGCCCGACGGGCCUCAGCCGCUGACACAUCCAAUGAUGAUUCAAGCAGAGCAGGAGUUUCAUGCGUGUACAGCCGCCCAAUCCAGGCAUACGUCGACGUCUUCUUCUGAACACGAUUUCCUUCCCGAAGAAGACUCUGCGCACGAGAUGUCCCGAGACCCCGGUGCCGGUGUCGCAAUGCCAGGUUUGCAUCUUCCGCUUGAGCAUGCAGCUCGAGUCAUGCCUUCUGGUCCAGGCAGUACAAGGUCAUGGAAGCGUCAGAGCCCUUCCCGGGCACAGCAUGCUGCAGCAGCUGCGACGGCAGCUGGGCUGACACCGCGAGGUAUCAAUGUCCAGGAGUACGAGGAUCAGGGGCUGUGGAUCCCCCUUGACACGAGCAAGAAGGAGAGCAGCGCACAGGCGAUUGUGAGCGCUAUCCUCGAGUGUCGAGCCCCCACUGGAUACGUUGACCUCAUGGAACUUAAUGAAGGAUGCCAGAAGCAGUUGGACGGGAGGGUCGGUCGCUCACCGGCCAGCGCAGCCAGCGCGAGUCCUUCGGAGCAUGUGGUGCCGAAAACAAGGCUCACACGGCCAGUGGCGCGACCACGGCUCCGGGGUGGUCCGGCAGCAAAAAGCCAAAUGCGGAGAAGCGUGCAAAGGGCACCAAGCAUGCAGGCGAGUCUAUGCAAGUUCGUGCAGACUGAUGUGGCGGCAGAUUCAUCUGUGGCACCGUCAGACGUGGUUCUUGAAGAAAGUCAGCCCCUGCCAUGCCUUGAGCGUGCCUCCGGUAUGACCAACCAGGCCGUCACUGUCGGUGCGAUUGGGGGGCUGACAGAGGCUCGGCACAAGGUCCUUAGGCUGCGAGAGCAAGUGGGAGCUCUGGCAGCGCACUGCGACAGGCUGGAAAAAGCUGCUGGGUUGUUUGGGAAUCACUUGCUAUCCGACGAAUGCCUUGGUCCAGCUCACGUUCUGGCAAUGAAAGCCGCUGUUCAACAGUUGCACGGCAACCCCAACGAAGAGGUGCGCGAUGUCGCUCGCAGGUCUGCCAGCUUAAACCCUGCAGAUGAUGCUGUGAACCGGAUGCAGUCUUGGGUGGACGACCUGGAAAAACGCACACGUGCGGAGGAACCGCGAGCUGUGAGCGAAGGUUGUGACUUCCCAGUGGCUGAAGACCAAUCUGAAUCGAUGUGGGCUUCUGUGGCCCCAGGUUACGUCGCGGCAAGUGUGAGCCGUGCGGACGAGGGUGCGGGUCCAGACGUUGCAGCUUGGACGUGCAAUUCAUUGACGGAGCCGCACCUGCCUUUUUGGCCCAGCUGGUGGGUCGAGCCGUUUGGCACGGCUUCAGCGACACCGCCGUUGGCCACUCCUGCUUGUUAG